AGAGGGAGGGAGAGGCAGAGAGAAGAGAAGGAGAGCAGGAGAGGCUCUCUCAAGGCUUCUCUGCACAACAGCGCCAAGAUCGUCCGCGACGGUGUUUCCCCCCCCCCCCCCUCAUCUGGUUUGACUAAUUUAUUCCUCCGGAGGCCAGAAGGAGGGCCCAGAGAGUGACCAAGCAGCAGAAGAAGAAGGCAGGGACCCUGCCUAUCUUACGGGGAAGCACAGAGGCUUAGGCCUCAGGUCGUUACUGCUGGAUGGACAAGCACUGACAAAACAAGGGAGGGUAAGAGAAGGGAAGACGCACAAGGAGGCUUGCUGAUAGGAGGUUCCACUCGGUUUAAAGGCCGAGGAAUCGUUUUGGUUUUUUUAUCUCCUUUUUUUUUUUUUUUUUUUUUUUUUUUCGUGUGCGUUUCUUUCUCGGGGGCUGGCAUUUGAAUGCCUGAAGCACUAAGUUAGAAGGGGUCAGAGGAGUAAGAAGAAGCGAGCGUGUUGUUUCACAACAAACUGCGGUGCGAGAGGAGUUGGUUGAACUUUGAUCCCUACGAAGCAGGAGGAGGGGGGGGUUAAGAGGAGCACUGUGUUUAGUUACCUAGGCAAGCCCAGACUCAGUCAGCCUGUUGCCUGGAUCAGUCUGUCUGCAGGAUGUUGUUUGGGAACAUCUGAGAUGUGAGCUUUUCUAUUUUCUUUGAACAUUAGUCUGGUUUGAGUUUCGUCAGCAGACUGAAAAUUUCAAGGGAGGCUGAAAAGCAACAUUCCGUUUCCAAGGUUCUCCGAAUAUUUUGAGCCCUGUGGCACAUCAGACCCUUCUGAAGCUGAAAUGACCUCCUUAGAGAUCAUCCAGUUUUUUUUUUCAAAGGUGAAGUGAGAUAAGCCCAACUGGUGCUGUCAGAUUGAUAGAUAACGCUUUCAACACGCAGCCAAGACUGGUCGGACUAGUUCACCAAGUGGAGAGGUUGGUCUGACGUUAAAGUAGGGCAGUCUCUCUACCUGCUCCUCCAGAGAGAAAGUAGCGCUGCGCGAGGAGUGAUGAGGUAUUUCUCUUCUUCUUGAUAGAGGCUCUGUUUUGCCCUUCAGACUGCUUUUGAUUUGUGAGUCUUCCUUCCAGAAGGGGAGUGAGAGAGAGAGGGAGAGCGAGGGAGAAAGGGAGAGAGAGAAAGGGAGAGAGAGAGAGGUAGCUAGCAGAGCAAGAGAGUUUGUGUAAUGUAUUAUUUCCUGUGAAAGGGCAUGCUGCACCCUUUUCUCCUGCCUGAACUCUGAACCACUCGUUGUGUUAGAAGUUUUGUGAAGCCGCGGGAGGAGUCAUUGACUGGAGGUCAGAGGGAAAACGAAGGAGUGAAUGGGAAGAAAGGAGAAGAAGAAGAAAAGAUAAAGAACAACGUCACGCUUGGAGAGAAAAAAAAGCAGAUAACUUUCGUCGGGUCAUUUGAACAAGACAGGAGGCGAGAGAGAGGUCAGACGAAGGAAUCAGAUUUGGAAUCAGAUCACUUUUCCGUUCUUCCGGAAGGUCGCUUUAACAGAAGCCAUACCCCCCUUUCUUUUUGUUUUCAUCCGCGUUUGGAAAACGUUUUUUUUUUUGGAAGCUCCGACCUUUUCCAGUGGGAGAGAAGCACCAGGAGCCAGAGGGCCGAGGGUGUGUUAGUGUUGGCCGUGUGGCUCAGAUAUGGCCAUGGUGAGUGGGGGAUGGGGGAACCCCAACGGGGACACAAACGGGCUUGGGGAGAAGGCUUACCUCCGGGGGGACGAGGAGGAAAGCUCCCCCCGGGCUGGCAGCAGCGACGUGGAGGUGGGGGACGAGGACAAGGUGUGCGUGGUGGACUGCGUGGUGUGCGGAGACAAGUCCAGUGGGAAGCAUUACGGGGUGUUUACCUGUGAGGGCUGCAAGAGCUUCUUCAAGAGAAGCAUCAGGCGUAACCUCAACUACUCCUGCAGGUCGAAUCGGGAAUGCCAGAUCGACCAGCAUCACCGGAACCAGUGUCAAUACUGCCGGCUGAAGAAAUGUUUCCGAGUUGGCAUGCGUAAAGAAGCAGUCCAGCGUGGACGCAUCCCUCCAACUCACUCCGGUAUCAGUCCCACCUCCCUGGCCGGGGGGGUCGGGGGCGGCGGGCCGGGCCACGGCGGCGGCGGGGGCGGAGACUACUUCAACGGCCAGCCGGUGUCGGAGCUCAUCUCCCAGAUGCUCCGCGCCGAGCCCUACCCCAGCAGCCGCUACGGCCAGCCGUUCAGCCAGCCGCAGCAGCAGAUGCAGGGCGCCGGCGGGGCCUCGGUCAUGGGCAUCGACAACAUCUGCGAGCUGGCCGCCCGCCUGCUCUUCAGCACCAUCGAGUGGGCCAGGAACAUCCCUUACUUUCCCGAGCUGCCCGUGUCGGAGCAGGUGGCCCUGCUGCGGCUGAGCUGGAGCGAGCUGUUCAUCUUGAACGCCGCCCAGUCCGCCCUGCCGCUGCACAUGGCACCUCUCCUGGCCGCCGCCGGCUUCCACUCCUCGCCCAUGUCGGCGGAGAGGGUGGUGUCCUUCAUGGACCAGGUGAGAGUGUUCCAGGACCAGGUGGACAAGCUGACCAGGCUGCAGGUGGACUCUGCCGAGUACAGCUGCCUCAAAGCCAUAGCCCUUUUCUCACCAGAUGCGUGUGGUCUGACCGACCCUUCCCAUGUGGAGAGCCUGCAGGAGAAGGCCCAGGUGGCCCUGACGGAGUACGAGAGGAUGCAGUACCCGGGUCAGCCCCAGCGCUUCGGCCGCCUGCUGCUGCGCCUGCCUGCCCUGCGUGCCGUGCCGGCCAGCCUCAUCUCCCAGCUGUUCUUCAUGCGCCUGGUGGGCAAGACCCCCAUUGAGACGCUCAUCCGAGACAUGCAGCUGUCCGGGAGCUCCAUCAGCUGGCCCUACGCGCCCGGACAGUGAGCUGUGGGCUUGUCCCCCCCCCUUCCCCCCAGGACUGGGCCCCCCCCCUCGUCCCCCAGGACAGGGCCCCCCCUCAUGGGCCAGGCUGACGUGAUGAGAGAUCCAACAGAGAUGUUGUUGUGUGAACCCCCAGUAUUCCGGUGGACCCAGCUGUGUCGCAUUCCCGCUGGGAACCCCAUACAAGAUUCUCCCCAAGAAUAGCACUAAACGAUUCCUACAGGUUCCCUACGUGUGCAGCACUUCCUGUUUAUAUGUCUUCAUGUGACUCUAUCUCUGUCUGAUCCUCGAUCAUCUCACUCUGGCUGCAACAAAGACUGUAACUCUGGGCCUCGUGCCUGUACUACCUCCACCCUACAACCAUCACCCUGAACCCUCCACCCCUACAACCAUCACCCUGAACCCUCCACCCCUACAACCAUCACCCUGAACCCUCCACCCCUACAACCAUCACCCUCCACCCCUACAACCCCCUCAUCCUGACCCCUCCACCUCUAUAACCCUCCACCCUACAACCUCCACCCUGAACCCUCCAUCCUUAUGAUCCCCCACCUUGACCCUUGUUGAGUCCAGGCUCUGUGUGACCCCCUGCUCUGCCAGUCUGUUGUCACAUCCCCAGCGUGACGACACAACUCAGUUCUUUUUGGGCGUUGUUCGCUAACUGUAGCCUACACAAGAGUUUUUCUCUUGAUUUGAAAUUGAUUGGUUAUGUCUGACGCCUUUUUGUUUAUGGUGUUGUUGGCACCUUCGUGAACAGUGCUCCAAGUAGAUUGCCGAUGUUUGGGGUGUGUGACGAUAGCGGAAUGCUAGCGACGUAAUGCGGUAAAUAAAUAUAUAUAUAUAUAUAUAUACAGGCGACGCCGGAGCAGAGCAGAAUGUAUGAAAACUUAAGUACAUCCUGGUCUCAGGGUGUCUGCCCUAUCUUACACUAUUACCUCAAGUUUUAUAUCAGAGACAAAGAUUGUAUAGUGAACUAUUCAUGUAAGCGGAUCGUAGAGCGUGUGUUGUUAAACGGAGAUCUCUCAGAGACGACCGCGAUAGUUGACUUAAACAAAGGGAUCAACGCAUCGAACGGCCAGUCUAUAAGUAAUCCUCCGACAUCUCCACUGAGCCCAUGUAAGUAGCAUCUGGGAGUGCAGCCGUAUUGAUUAACAAGGCUCUCCUCCAGACACAGCACCUACAGUGUGUGGUGAGAUCCAGGUUAAUAGACUAUGGCUUGUUUUCAACCAGGCUGUGGAUAUGUGUAUGACGGCCGUCGAUACGAUGAUUUCGCAAUGUAUUUAAAGGUACUUAGCCCUUUAAGGUGUAGCCUACAGGGGGUGCGACACGUGUGGCACUAUGGUAAAUAUGUUUUAUAUGACGUGCAAACUUUGAGCAAUGUUGCCAUGGACUGCUGAGUAAUGUGACAAAUGCAUGUCCUGCCAAAUGACCUAGGCUACUUGAAAAAGAAGAGUUGAAACCGUUUUGGUAUUUCGACUAGAAUAGAAAACCAAUGAUGGAAAAUGAAAAUAUUCUGGAAAACUUGUCUUCAAAUCCUAAUACGUUAGUACAAACACAUGUAUACAUUCUGAAAUCAAAGAGUUAAGAUUCAACUAGUGACUUGAUUGUGUCAUUUUACAUAAAAUCUAUGUUUCUACUACUAUGUCAAACUGAAAUGUAAGAAAUUUGAUAUUGCAGACCAUGGUUAUUUUUGCAUUGCUGGAAAUAAAAGCAUUCAUACUCAGA